AGCUCCCGAAUUUCUUCCUGAAAAUCCCGGAUUACGGGUUGUACUCCCAGGACGUGGAGUUCAUCAACCACCUGCUGCACCUGCACACCAGGGGCCGUCCCAUGUACCAGGUGGCCGUGGCCCUGUGCAGGGCACUGGCCUGGGGGUACUUUGCCAGCCUGAGGCUGGAGGUGCUGGCGCUGACCCGGCACCCCGAGGACUGGAGCGUCCGCGCCCGCUGGAGGCUCACGGGGGUGCCCCUGCACCUGCUGCUGCUGCGCUUCUACCGCAGGGACAAGAGGCAGCUGCUCAGGUCAGUCUGGGGACACCCUGGGGACAAGCUCAUGCCAGCCCCCACGGCCGUGCCCGAGGCCAAGAAGCUGCUGGUGGCGGCCGCCGUGGCCGUGGUGGCCGUGGCCGACCCCGCGCCCGCCCUGCGGCUGCUGCUGCGGCCCGAGGCCACCUCGGGGGACACCUGAGCCCCCCGGAGUGUCCCCUGUGUCCCCCCCAUGUCCCCUCUGUGCGUCCCCCUCCGUGUCACCCCCACCCUUAACUUAAUGUACAGAAUAAACUCGGACGGAGCCGCC